UUCCGGUUGUGUUCCGGUUCCGGUCGUGUUCCGGUUCCGGUUCCGGUGCCGCCAUGCCCGAGGCGCUGUCGCUGCUGUACCGGGUGUCCGCACACCCCGAGUCCCGGUGCUGGGCCCUGGCCUGGAGCCCCAGCGGGGCCCUGCUCGCGUCCUGCGGCGGCGACCGGAGCGUGCGGAUCUGGGCCCGGGACGGCCCGGUGUGGUCGUGCCGUGCGGUUCUCUCCGGGGGUCACCACCGCACCGUCCGCCGGGUGUCGUGGUCCCCGUGCGGGCUCUACCUGGCCUCGGCCAGCUUCGAUGGCACCACCUGCGUGUGGAAACGGCAGCAGGACGGCUUCCAGGUGGUGGCCACCCUGGAGGGCCACGAGAACGAGGUGAAGUCGGUGGCCUGGGCACCCUCGGGGACGCUGCUGGCCACCUGCAGCCGGGACAAGAGCGUCUGGGUCUGGGAGGUGGACGAUGAGGAGGAGGAGUUCGAGUGUGUCAGCGUGCUGAGCGCUCACAGCCAGGACGUCAAACACGUGGUGUGGCACCCGAGCCUGCAGCUGCUGGCCAGCGCGAGCUACGAUGACACGGUGCGUCUGUACCGCGAGGACGAUGACGAUUGGCUGUGCUGUGCCACCCUGGAGGGUCACACCUCCACGGUCUGGGGGGUGGCCUGGGAGCGCUCCGGCCACCGCCUGGUGUCCUGCAGCGAUGACCGCACCCUGCGCGUGUGGCAGCGCUCGGAGCCACCGCAGGGACACGGCGGUGGCUCGGAGCACAGCUGGCAGUGUGUCUGCACCCUGUCCGGGUACCACGGGCGCAGCAUCUACGACGUGGCCUGGUGUCACCUGACGGGCGCGGUGGCCACGGCGUGCGGUGACGACGCGGUGCGGGUGUUCGAGGAGGUGUCCCCGGUGUCCCCGGAGUCCCCGGUCACCUUCGUGCUGGCGGCGCACGUGGCGCGGGCGCACGCGCAGGACGUCAACGGCGUGGCGUGGCACCCGCGGGAGCCGGGGCUGCUGGCCACCUGCGGUGACGACGGUGACAUCGCCUUCUGGAGCUACCAGCGCCCCGACGGCCUCUGA